AUGGCCGACAUGGAAAAGAGCGUCCCUCUGGGCACCCAAGCGGAUGACUACCUAGAAAGUCUAGGAACGCUCAGGAAACAAGAAGAAGAUGGCACAUUCGUGCUUCCCACCCUUGAAGAAGAACAGAARGUCAUUCGAAAGAUGGAUUGGCGAUUAUUGCCUCUGGUCUUCGUGCUCUACUCGCUCGCCGUACUCGACCGCUCUAAUCUUGGAAAUGCUCGGCUCGCAGGAAUGGAAGACACUAUUGAUCUGUCUGGAAAUCGAUACACCUUGCUAGGAACAAUUUUUUACAUCACGUACAUUUUGUCGCAAUGGACCAUGCUUGGAUGGAAACAAUUCAAACCUCAUAACUGGUGCUCCUUUACUGUUUUGUUCUGGGGAUUCAUCGCGACAGUACAAGCCGGUGCUUUCAACUGGGCUGGCCUGAUGACUUGUAGAGCUUUCUUGGGCGUUGCGGAGGCAAUGUUCGGYCCUGGUGUACCAUUGUAUCUGUCCUACUUCUACCCACGAGAGAAGGUCGGCUUUAGACAUGGAGUCUUCAUCUCUGGUGCUGCGAUCGCUAAUGCUUAUGGAGGAGUUCUUGCCUAUGGCAUCUCACAAAUCCGAGGCUCGAUUGCGCCAUGGCAGAUAUUAUUUCUCAUCGAGGGACUUCCAACGAUUGUCUUCGCGGGCAUUACAUGGUACUUUUUACCCGACAGUAUCAGCGCAUCGCCCUUCUUGAACGAGCGGGAGAAGCAAGUAGCAUUGUACAUGGUUUCCAAGGACCAAAAGGUGGACAUCAAAGAGCGAGGCGUCAAGUGGAAAGAAAUCUUGGAGGCCUUCCUGGAUAUUAAGUCCUGGGCUAUUGCAUUGAUGUACUUUGGAUGCAACGUGAGCUUUGCAUCUCUACCGCUCUUCUUGCCAACCAUCAUCAGCGAGAUGGGUGCCUUCAAUCGAGUAACAUCACAAGGUCUCUCCGCCCCGCCAUACGUGCUCUGUUUCCUGGUGAUACUCAGCCUCUGCUGGACAUCAGAUCGGGUCAAGUUGCGAGGGCCUUUUGUGGUUCUCACAUCAACCAUUGCUGCUGUGGGUUUCAUCAUCAACGCAACGACGGAGACUUCGGCACCGAGAUAUGCGUCGACGUUUCUCUCUGUUAUGAUCUUCGCUUCGGUAGCGUUGCUUUUGGCCUGGACGGCCAACAUCAAUGCUACCGAGAGCAAAAGAGGUGGAGCUUACGCGGUCGUAUACACGAUUGGUCAAUGCGGACCCGUGUUGGGCACAAACGUCUUCCCUUCCAGUGAGAAGCCUUUGUAUCGCAAGGGGAUGUGGAUCUCUGCUUCCAUGUGCUUGAUGGUAGCUACGGUGGCUUUAUGUCUGAGCUGCCUGCUCAGAUGGGAGAACAAGAAGAUGGACGAGAAGAAGGCUGCCGAGGGAGAAACACAGGAAGAAAGAGCCACUCGACGCAGAAACAUUUGGUGA